UUGUGUCACAACUUUACGAUUCUCUCCGCGUUCUCAACUAGUUUCUAUAAUUGCGACUGGUGAUUUAUGCGAACCAAGCUCAAUAAGUUAGUUUGAGUUCUAUUAAUUUAUUUGAAACAUAACAAUCGCAUUUGCAGCUGCAAAGCUCAGAUUUACAAUUCAAAACAUAAGAUAUAAAUGCAGUUUUGACCUUUAAAAUUUAAUCACGUGUGCUUCGUAUCCCAAGUUUAGGUAAUUUUUGUGUGCGAAUUAAUGAUUGAAGUUUACUUGAAAAAUUCUUUUAUAAUAUUCAAUAUUCACUUAGGAGUUGUUUUAGGGCACGUUUAAGGCUUAGCAGUGGGUCAAGUAAAGGUUCAGAAAAUUUACUUUGCUGCGCUGACCAGGCCAGCAUAAAAGAGGUCUCUGCAGUGGCUUGUAGAUUUGAUUCUUAAUUCAAAUUACGCUCCGGCUGUUUCUACUUUCAAUGAACAUCAGGCCCACUUUAAAACUGAAACAGAAUAAUAUUCAUCAGUUAAAUUGAUCGAAGAGUCCACACUUAAGUCUGGAUUCAUGGAAGCAUGGCCCAGAUGGACGUCGAAGCUACGCUCAACAGACUAGGCAGCUUCGGACGAUCGCAUUUGUUGAUAGCAGCGCUGAGCUACCUCACAGUCUUCUUUGUGGGCAUGCCCGCGUUGCAAGAUUCGUUCCUGAACUACACUCCUGCUCAUAGAUGUUACGUGCCGUCAUGCGACUCCUCGAACACGACUUACGAAGACGACUUUCUCAACUUCACCACUCCUUCAGAAGACAACGAGUGGGACAAAUGUGAAUACCACUCCCCACUCACCAACGAGACGAUUGCCUUUAAUUAUGCAUCAAGACCCGUCCAAAUACUAGCGUCUCUAUGGCGGGACGAGGAGGACGAGGCGCGGUCUGGGGGCGCGACGUGCGAGGCCGACCACUUCGCUGCUGCUGACGUGCGAAGCUGCGACCACGGCUGGGUGUACGACCACGAGCUCUUCCAGUCCUCCACUACUAUGGACUUUGACUUGGUGUGCGACAAGUCCUUCCUGACAUCCAUGACGACGUCCGCCUACAACGCCGGCAUGAUGCUGGGGGCCAUCACCAGCGGCGUCAUGGCGGACAGGCUUGGCAGGAGGUUGACGCACAUGUUGUCGCUGGUGCUGCUGGUGACGGGGAGCUCGCUGGGGGCGGCAUCCACAGGCCCCGUGAUGCUCAUCCUAUUGAGGCUACUCACAGGCUUCGGCGGCAUCUCAGUCUACACAAUUAUAUUCGUUAUUUGUGCUGAAUACAUGCCUCAGCAGCACCGCAGUGUCGUCGGGCUGCUGAUCAGCGUAAGCUUCGCUCUGGGCGAGGCGGCCGUCGGCGUCUACGCCAUCUUCAUCCGGCGCUGGCGGAUGCUGCAGCUCACCAUAUCUCUGCCCAUGUUUGUUCUGGGCAUCAGCUACUGGGUGUUACCGGAGAGCGCGCGCUGGCUGAUGACUCAAGGGCGUGAGCAGGAGGCUGAGAUCAUCGUGCGAAAAAUGGCCAAGUUUAACAAAAUUUCUAAUUUUGAUAUCGUCUAUCUGCAAGAGAAGACCAAUAUGUCACCUGAUGACGUUAAACAAGAAAGCAAAAACGUCUUGAAUUUACUGAAAACGCCAUAUAUGAGGACGCGCUCGUUGAUUCUUUUCUAUGCCUGGUUCACGACGUCGAUGGUCUACUAUGGCAUCUCUAAUAACGUUGGCAACCUCGAUGGAAACAUUUUCGUCAAUUUUAUCGCCACGAUGCUCAUCGAAAUACCUGCAACUCUUCUAAUGACAAUUGUUUUCGACAGACUUGGUCACAAAGUGUGUCUAGUGGGGUCGGUUCUCAUAGCCGGGGCUGGCUGCUUCAGUACUGCCUUCCUGCCUGCCGAAGCGUCCACCGUCAUCGUGGUGCUGAGCCUCAUAGGGAAGUUCGGAGCAGCUGCAGCGUUCAGCGCGCUGUACGUGUACGCCAGUGAAGUGUUCCCGACGUCGCACCGCAGCACAGGGCUCGGCUGCUGUUCCGUGUUUGCUAGUUUCGCCGGCGUCAUAGCUCCACUAGUCGACCUGCUGGGAAAAUUAAACCCCGCACUUCCUCUGCUCUUGUUUGGGAUCCUGGCAGCGGUAUCAGCCUUCUCCAUGUUAUUCCUACCGGAGACAACGGGUUGCCCCUUAACGCAGACUCUCAGUGAGAGUGAACAACUUGGCUCAGGUCAGCCGUGUUGCUUCUUCCCCAGCUGCACCUCCUACGACCCGCGGUCUGUAGGGGAAGACCAGACAGAUGAAAUUAUGGAAGUUAUUGUAGAUAAAGACAGAGGCGUCGUACAACUUACCGCAAAAGAUAAAAAUGACGUAAAAAUUGCUGCAAAGGAUGAAAACAACUUAGAACUUGCCGCCAAACAAGAAGACGACGUAGAACUUACCACCGCAAAAGAUGAUGCCGACGUAAAACUUGCCGUGAAAGAUGAAAACGGCGUAGAACUUGAAGCAAAAGAUAGUGACGUAGAACUUUCUGCAAAAGUGAUGAAGACUUACAACUUGGCGUAAAAGAAGAGUUCGACAGAAAUUUUUGCUUAGCAAAAGUUGUGGACGACGUAGAACCUGCCGAAGCAAGAGAGAGAAUGCUGUAGAAAUUUACCUAACAGAUAUCAGGACGACGUAGAACAUGACGGAGCAAAUGCGAAGACGAUGUAGAACUUGACGUAGCAAAUAUGAGGGAGACACAGAACUUAAGGCAG